AGAGAGAGAGAGAGAGAGAGAGAGGCGGAGAGAGACACAGCCUUCCUGCCCUUCGCCUCAGAGCGCAUGCAGUUCGAGUCCCCGCAGCAUUCGGUAUAGUCGAGAUAUCGCGACUGUCACCGCUGUUGUGCUCACAGCUUCGUUACUUACGUUUUUUCGAGAGGGAUAUUUUCGAAAAAACGAAAAGCGAGAGAUAUAGUUUAAAACUUUAAAUUUUGGAAACCCACAAAAAAAGAAAGAAGAAAGCGGGUUAUUUUUGUAUUAUUCGUUCAUUUUCUUUUUUCGGGGCAUUGUCUUCCGUGGAGCUGCCAAAACAUAUCCAUAGGAAAAAAAGAAAAAAGUAAGGCGAUCGAAGGAAGGAAAAAGAGAAUCCGGGAGGAAACUCAACCAAUCGAGAUUAUUUUUUGCGUAAUUGCGCCAUCCCAUCCCAGAACGGAAGAGGUGCACGAGGGCGCCCCUGAACCUGAGUCCUGAGUCUCGUGGCUCAUUGGCUCUCUGCGACGUCUCACUUGCAGAUAGAAAGCAGACGCUGCCACAUCUCACCGCGGCGGGCACUAACACAUUCGCUCACUUCGCACCCGGACGAUCAUUUCAGCCCUGUUUUUUUUCCCUAACACCUUACAGUUACUCGAGACAGUUGACUUGAGAUUUCCAAAGAAGCAAUCGGGCUUCAACUCCAAUCGAGGAGGCGGAGUCUUAACUUAUUAAAAGGAACUUGCUGAGGCUCGGACGGCAGCAAACAUGAUGAUGAUGUCUCUGAACAGCAAGCAGCCGUUCUCUAUGGCUCACGCCAGCUUGCCGGAGCCGAAGUAUUCGCUCUCGUCUUUGCACUCCUCGUCCUCCACGAUGACUUCCAACGCGCCGUCCUCCUGCUCGUCCUCCCGACACAGUAACUCCAUCAUCAACAGCAGCGGCGGCGGCUCCGAUGCGAUGCGUCGAGUCUGUCUCCCAAACCCACCGAGCAAUAUAUUCGGGGGCUUGGAUGAGAGUUUGUUGGCCCGAGCUGAAGCUUUGGCGGCGGUCGACAUCGCCUCCCAGAACAAGAGCCACCACCACCACCCUCCGCACCACAGCCCCUUCAAGCCGGACGCCACCUACCACACCAUGAACACUCUCCCCUGCACCUCCUCGUCAGCCUCCUCGUCGGUGCCCAUCUCACAUCCGUCAGCCCUGUCCGGCCACCACCAUCACCACCACCACCAUCACCAUCACCAACCCCACCAGGCGCUGGAGGGGGACCUGCUGGACCACAUCACCCCGGGACUGUCAUUAGGAGCGAUGGCUGGUCCGGAUGGCUCGGUGGUUUCCACGCCUGCGCACCCUGCACACAUGGCGGGCAUGAACCACAUGCACGCAGCCAUCAACAUGGCUCACGCUCAUGGGCUACAGUCUCACAUGGGCUGCAUGAGCGACGUGGACGCGGAUCCCAGGGACUUGGAGGCGUUCGCCGAGAGGUUUAAGCAGAGGCGGAUCAAACUCGGGGUUACCCAGGCGGAUGUAGGGUCAGCUUUGGCCAACCUGAAGAUUCCUGGGGUGGGAUCCCUGAGCCAAAGCACCAUCUGCCGAUUUGAAUCCCUCACACUCUCCCACAACAACAUGAUCGCUUUGAAGCCCAUUCUGCAAGCGUGGCUGGAGGAAGCCGAGAAAUCCCACCGAGAGAAACUUAACAAACCCGAGCUGUUCAACGGCGCAGAGAAGAAGCGGAAGCGCACGUCCAUAGCCGCACCAGAGAAGAGGUCACUGGAAGCCUAUUUUGCCAUUCAGCCGAGACCUUCCUCGGAAAAGAUCGCUGCUAUCGCGGAAAAGCUGGACCUGAAAAAGAACGUAGUCCGUGUCUGGUUUUGCAACCAACGACAGAAACAGAAACGAAUGAAGUAUUCUGCAUGCGUCUAAAUGCAAAAUCAACAACAGUGUUGGAGGGACUUGGAACUGUUUAGAGACCAUGUGUAUCAUAUUUCUUAUCUCACACUUUUUCAAUCAUCGAUGACUUUCUCAUUUGAACUCCAAAUGCAAAAAAAACAUUCAAAUUGACAGGAAACUGAACACUGUUACCACGUCUUAUGCUCUCUGAAAAGGAUGUGGACUCGAGUAAAGCAACGUUUGACAGAGCAAGUAAGACAACUGUUUCCACACUUACUAUGCUGUACGUGUCUGGCGUCAACGCAGUAUGGCCUAUUCCUCCAAAUUUGCUUAAAUGACAAAUGUAUUUAUAAUGAUUAUGUUCAGACGAGGACUAUAGUUUGCGUUUGACCUUGCUCAGACAGUAGCACCGAAUAAUGCUCGUCGUUUACACUCCCCUGACUCCUAACUUAUAGCACUUGGUUUGUAUUUAUUCAUGUUUAUAUUUUGGCCCAGCAUAAGGUACUCUUAUUUUAUGAUGGAGGUUGAUGAACAAUGCAGUCUAAUAUUUUAUUCAGGGUCUAAAAGGGGGAUAGAGAAACAUUUCGUGAAGUUGUUAGUUGGUUUCUGCCAAAUAACCCCUUGUAAAUUAUUAAUCUAGCUGUCCACUUCAUUUUGUGUCCAAUGUGUAAUUAUUUCCAUCUAUUUUUUGCCGUGUGAUAAAAUAUAAAAAAAUCAGGGCCAUGUGUUUCAAGAACGUCACAGUUUUGAAAAGCAAAUAUAUUUGCUUUAGGCCCCAAUAACAGGAAAUACCAAUAGGGCCUGAAUUGAGACAACUGUAGGUUUUGAAUUGGAUAAAAUAUGAUAAGAUAAUAAUUUACCAAUCCUUGGGACGGUGUCUCAUAAACUAUUUAUUGAGUGAGGUCAUGUUUACUUCAUUAUAUAUUUAUUGGGAUUCCCUCUCCUGGUCUUGCUUGAGAAAAUCCGUUUCUGACUGCAAGUUAACCGUGAUGUUUGGCUGAAAGGAUACUGUGAAACAUGGUCAUAAAUUUAAAUUACAUUUUGAAACGUUCGAGAUGGUACAAUCGAGAGAUAGACUAUAUAAGAGAUUAUUCUCUUUUUAAAAUUAUUUUAUGUAUGUUCUUGCUCUUUAUUUGUAUAAAUAUGCGCGCAUUAUGGCGUCGUUGCUUGUUCACCUUGUUUAGUAAUGUUUUCUUAAAGAGAAAAUGACAGGUUCAUCAAAGUCUACGUGUACAAUGUAAAUAUUUCAUUGGAAUCAGUCGAUGCACAUAAAUAUAUCCGUACAGGUUUUGCUGUAUUGCUGUUUUAGCUGAAGUAACUUAUUUCUGUAUUGUACGUUGCUUUCGUUUCCUGGUUAAAUUAUUCUAUUAAUUUAUUACAUCCAUGUAAAUUUAAAUUAUUUGAUUCUUGAACUGCAAUAUGUGUUUCAUUAAAGAACAAACGUAAACAUUUA